GAUGGCGGGGUUUGGCCCAAAGCCUCAAGAUUGGCCGCCUCCGAUAUCGGCUCGCUUUUCGAUGUCGAAUAUGCUGUUCGACGAUGAAGCUGUCCCUCUCACACACUCUGUCUCCCUUCCACCUACCAAACACCUACAUUCGAGCCACAGCAGACCGUCAUCACCAUGCCGGGCGCAGUAUCCGGCCCGCAAACCCUCUACGACAAGGUCUUCACCUCCCACAUCGUCAACGAGCAAGACGAUGGCACCAUCCUCCUCUACAUCGACCGCCACCUCACCCACGAGGUCACCUCCCCGCAAGCCUUCGAGGGUCUGAGGAACGCCGGUCGUAAAGUGCGAAGACCGGACUGCACGCUCGCAACCACCGACCACAACAUCCCCACCACCACGCGCAAGAAUUUCAAGAACGUUACCCAGUUCGUGGAAGAAGAUGACUCGCGGCUGCAGUGCGAGACGCUGGAGCAGAACGUCAAGGACUUUAAGCUGACGUACUUUGGACUUGGUGAUAAGCGGCAGGGGAUCGUGCACAUCAUAGGUCCGGAGCAGGGUUUCACCCUUCCAGGCACGACCGUGGUAUGCGGUGACUCGCACACGAGCACACACGGCGCGUUCGGUGCCUUGGCUUUCGGCAUCGGCACGAGUGAGGUCGAGCAUGUCCUCGCCACACAGACACUACUCACGCGACGAAGUAAGAACAUGCGGGUGCAGGUCGACGGUGAGCUGCCACCGGGCGUGAGCAGCAAGGAUAUCAUCCUUUACGUGAUUGGCAAGAUCGGUACCGCCGGCGGCACGGGACAUGUCAUCGAGUUCUGCGGGUCGGCCAUUCGGUCGUUGAGCAUGGAGGCCAGGAUGUCAAUUUGCAACAUGUCGAUCGAGGGCGGCGCAAGAGCAGGCAUGGUCGCGCCGGACGAGACCACCUUUGAGUACCUCAAGGGCCGACCUCUAGCACCGAAAGUGGACAGUGCCGAGUGGAGGAAAGCGGUCAAAUACUGGGAGAGCCUACGGACAGACGACGAUGCCAAGUUCGACAUCGAUGUUUUUAUCGACGCCAAAGACAUCGAGCCUACGGUCUCAUGGGGUACGAGUCCGCAAGAUGUCAUCCCAAUCACCGGCGUCGUGCCAGGUCCCGACGACUUCAAAGACCAAAACAAGCGUGACGCCUGCGUCCGCGCAUUGGAGUACAUGGGUCUCACCGCCGGCACGAAGAUGACCGACAUCGUCCUCGACAAAGUCUUCCUCGGCUCCUGCACCAACUCGCGGAUAGAAGACCUCCGCACCGCAGCGCACAUCGUCAAAGGCAAGAAGAUCGCGCCCAACCUCAAGCGCGCCAUGGUCGUUCCCGGUUCCGGGCUGGUCAAACGACAAGCGGAAGAAGAAGGCCUCGACAAGAUCUUCGAAGACGCCGGAUUCGAAUGGAGAGAGGCAGGUUGCUCCAUGUGCCUCGGCAUGAACCCGGAUAUCUGCGCGCCGCAGGAACGCUGCGCCAGCACCAGCAACCGCAACUUCGAGGGUCGACAAGGCGCGGGCGCGCGAACGCACUUGAUGAGUCCCGCCAUGGUCGCCGCCGCCGCUCUGGCAGGCAAACUCGCCGACGUCCGCCAUCUAUCUGGCUACGAACAUGCCCUGCCGAACUCGAAGAAAGCAUCCAAGAACGUGUCGCAACAAGCUCCUCACGUCGACGAACCGGACUCCGACGCCGACCUGGACAAAAUCCUCGACCUGAACGAAGACAGCCAGGGCAACACCGUCUCCACCAAAGCACCCUCUAGCACAGCCGGCAUGCCCAAAUUCACCCAACUCCGCGGUAUCGCCGCGCCCAUGGACCGUGCGAACGUGGACACAGACGCCAUCAUUCCGAAACAAUUCCUCAAGACCAUCAAACGGGCCGGUCUAUCCAAAGGAUUGUUCUACGCUUACCGCUGGAAGCAGGACGGCAGUCCCAACCCGGACUUCGUCCUCAACAAGGAGCCGUACACCAAGGCCAAAAUCCUGGUAGUUACGGGCCCCAACUUUGGCUGCGGCAGUUCACGCGAGCAUGCGCCCUGGGCUCUGCUGGACUUCGGGAUCAAAUGCAUCAUCGCGCCCUCCUUUGGCGACAUCUUCUUCAACAACACCUUCAAGAACGGCAUGUUGCCGCUCGUCAUCGACGACUCCGCCGCCUUGAACGCGAUCGCGGACGAAGCCAAGGCGGGGCGGGGAAUCGAGGUCGACCUCGAAGCGCAACAAGUCAAGACCGCGGACGGUAAGGUCCUCGCGGAGUUCGAGACGGAUGGGUUUAGAAGGAAGUGUUUGGUGGAGGGCCUGGAUGAGAUUGGGCUCACGUUGCAGAUGGACGACAAGAUCAGUAGGUUUGAGCGCCGGCGGACGGAGGAGACGCCUUGGUUGGAUGGGAGUGGGUAUUUGAAUAGGGGGGAGCGGAAGGAGGCGGUGAAGGUCGAUGCCGCGCCCGUGCCGAGGACGAAUCGGGGGGAGGAGAAGACGGAGCCGUUGGAGUGGUAGGGUUGACGUAGCCCUCGACAAUGUGGGUAUAUGCUUGAUGAACGCUUUUCUUCGUGGUGUGUUGCGAUUUCUGUUUCUACAAUGUGCCAGUUUGACCCACCCCCGUUUGUUUGUUGGAUGGUGGGUGAGCGUUGAUGAUUACGCACGUAUGUUAUCAUGAUAUGGUUGCGACGGCGAAUCCCAACUACGUGUACUGUAUGCCCGCAGUGAUUUUGCCAGUCGUGGCGACAAUAAGAGCCAUCUGCCUGUUCUGUCGCUAACGGGAC